CGCGCUCCGCUCAGAACGCCUUCAGCUGCUGAGAGGAGAAGGAGAGCUGCAACGAUGCCUGAGCCAGCGAAGUCCGCUCCUGCGCCCAAGAAGGGCUCCAAGAAGGCGGUGACCAAGACCCAGAAGAAGGGGGACAAGAAGCGCAAGAAGAGCAGGAAGGAGAGCUACUCCAUCUAUGUCUACAAGGUGCUGAAGCAGGUCCAUCCUGACACCGGCAUCUCCUCCAAAGCCAUGAGCAUCAUGAACUCCUUUGUCAAUGACAUCUUCGAGCGCAUCGCUGGAGAAGCCUCCCGCUUGGCCCACUACAACAAGCGCUCCACCAUCACCUCCAGGGAGAUCCAGACCGCCGUCCGGCUCCUUCUUCCAGGAGAGUUGGCCAAACAUGCCGUCUCCGAGGGCACCAAGGCCGUCACCAAGUACACCAGCUCCAAGUAG